UGUAGAUAGGGCCAUCAGACUCCCUCCAAACGGUGGGAUCAAAAGUCUUUAGCCAGCGGUGCCAUCCUCCUCAUGACUCCUCCCCCUUCCCAGUGGGCAAUUCCUCUGGGUGUUAGCCUUGGUGCCCCUAUAGGUCUUUACAUAACUUUCCUUUUGCUCGGCGGCUUUCCUUUAUUUCAGAAACACUUUUUCUAUGCUCACCGUCUAAAUACAUUGUUCUGGCACAAUCUCGAUGAGCCAGAGUACUGGGGAUUUGCAAGGAAUCAGGUCACCCCCUUUACACUUCCAUCAGGGAAUGAGUCUUUAUAUGCCUGGCACAUUCUCCCAUUGAGAUCUAUCUUAGAGCACCAGGACAGACUCCAAGCCGCCCCUGCCGGCUUUUCCGAUGAUGUCACUGCAAGUGAAUCUUUCAAGAUUCUCAAAGAAGACCCUACUGCGCAGCUAGUAAUCUCCUUCCACGGCAAUGCAGGUCAUAUUGCCCAAGGGUUGAGAACGGAACAUUUUCAUACUCUCACAGAUAUGUCGAAUUUCCACGUGCUGAGUAUUGACUACCGCGGUUACGGAAAAUCAACAGGUUCUCCGUCUGAGGCUGGUCUAAUCCAAGAUGGUAUUGCCACAGUAGAAUGGGCUAUUAGCGUCGCUGGCGUGGCGUCCGAACGCAUUGUUGUAGUAGGUCACAGCUUAGGAACAGCUGUCACUAGUGGGGUCGUUGAGCACUUCGCAGUGAAAGGGGUUGAAUUUGCUGGCGUUAUUUUGAUUGCUGGUUUUUCGAAUGUACCUACUUUACUCAGCAGCUACAGUGGCGCAGGCUUCAUCCCAGUGCUCUCUCCUCUGCGACCGAUACCGCCACUACUACGCUUCUUUCAGGGUUUCAUUGUAGAUAAAUGGGAUUCUGCCAGCCGACUUGCUGAAAUAGUUCAUUCAACUAAAAGGAGGCUGCGUCUAACAUUGAUACACGCCAAAAAUGACAUGGAGAUCCCAUGCUAUGAAAGUGAUGCCCUUUUUAAAUCAGCUGCCAUCGCGACGAUGAACCAGACCUUGGAUGAUGAGGCUUUUCUGGCGUGGAAGAGGCAGAGAAGCACUCAAUUUGAGGAUGACACCUUCAUCAGUGUCGUUACAGCCGAGCCCGAUAUUAUCGUCCGACAAGAAUUAGUAUUAUAUGGAGGACAUAACAAGGCCCUGUUAUCUUCUGCUGUCCCACUUGCAGUUAUGAGAUCAUUCUUGUCAGACUUGAAAACAUCGAUAUAAUACGACAAGUCCAAUCCAAUGCAACUUCUUUGUUUGGCUCCUAGUAUUUACCGUCCUCGUUAAGAUGCUCAUGAUUGAUAGCAGAACUGCGCAUUCUCUUUGAGGCUGCAAUAACCAUCACGGCGGUAGUCGCAAUGGAUCUUUCACCAACGGGUUCUCACAAUUAAUAGCAUGAUUAGCCCCGUCCGUAUUCACGAUUUUCAAUGUGCACACAAGGUUCGCCAGGUGAUCUUACGUAAUUUAACCA